CAAACUGACUACUGCCCCAUGGGAGCGCUUACAUCGUUAGUCGACGCUUUACCGGACACAGACUAGCCUACAGACUUUACUUUAACACAAAGUUUGCUCAAAAUAAUAUCCUCUUACAUAGGCUUCAUUUUUUUACUAGAUUUUAAGGGACGCGAUGGAAGAAGAGCCUCAUGGCAGGACAUCGGUGAAUAAAUACCAACCGACGGAGUUGAAAGUCAAAGAAGAAGACCAUGGCGAUUUCAGUUAUCAAAGGCCAGGGCCAGGAGGGAGCCCAAACUCACACUCCGACAGUGGGAAGACUUCCUCGGAGUCAGGGGAAUCAGACAGAGAGCUGCCCAAAUCAGACAGACCGUAUAACUGCUCUCUGUGCGGAAAGGGAUUUGCUAGGUCAGCCAUCUUAACCAUACACAAGAAAGUUCACACUUCAGAGAGGGUGCAGCGUCCCACCAAAGAGAAACUCUAUCCCUGCUCUCAGUGCGGAAAGCGGUUCUCUCAAUUGGGAAACCUCAAAUCGCAUGAGAGCGCUGUGCAUGCAGGAAAGAAGCCUUUCAACUGUCCUGAAUGCGGAAAGGGGUUCUCACAUUUUGGCAACAUGCAAAAACACCAGCGGGUGCACACCGGAGAGAAACCAUACAAGUGCCCUGAUUGUGGGACAGGUUUUUCCAGAUCACAUCACCUUAAAACACAUCAGCAAAUUCAUAAAGGGGAGAAGCCUCACUUAUGCACUGAAUGUGGGAAGGGUUUUGCUAGGGCAGACUCUUUAACGGCACAUCAGCGAGUGCACAGGCUAGACAACAAGCCUUACGGCUGUUCUGACUGUGGCAAAGCCUUCUCUUCAUUCGGAAACUUAACACAGCAUCAGAGAAUUCACACCGGAGAGAAACCAUAUCAGUGCGCUCAGUGUGAGAGAAGCUUUGCUUUUUCAACAGAUUUGAAAAAUCAUCAGAGGAGACACACUGGAAUGAAACCAUACUAUUGCUCGGACUGUGGGAGAAGUUUCACAACGGCAUCUUCCCUAAAAUCACACCAGAAAAUACACAAAUGAUAAAAGUCAUGGUCUCCGUGUGGUAGAAGUGUCUCUCUACAUUGUCAAACACUUGCGAAAUACUCAGCUGUCAAAAUGCUGCCGAUGGGGAAACCUUGAGGAGGCUCACAUUUUUCUUAGGAAUACUAGAGGCACAAUAUUCUCAUAUGGUUUAAUCCUUUGUUUAAAAACAGCAUGGACAUUUAUGCCAUCUUCAAUGUUUUGUUUUUAAUACAGUGAUUUUGGUUAAUUGGAUGGUUAUUUUUACACUGAAACUACCUGAAUUGUUUAUAUCCAGAAAUCUCUUCAUGUUUGAAUGUGUUUUACUAGAUAGCUCCAGUUGUGUGUGAAUUUUAUUCUAUAUAUGUUGAUAAUGACAAGCAAAAAAACAUGACUAUAGGGAACAAGAAUCUCCUGCAAAUUAUGUUAACUUUUUGUUGUAUAACCUGCAUUUGUCAUAAGAGGGUCAGGACAUAUUCCAUUGCAAUCACAAAACAUAUGCAAUGUCAUAAGUUAUAUUGACAAUAAACUUUAGUUGCAAACUCA